AUUCAUUUGAGAGAGAGAGAGAGAGAGAGAGAGACGCAAAUCAAAAUUUCCUUAAUAUUGAUUCCCAAUCAGAAAUGGGUUGCUGCAGUAGCACCGACAAUAACAAGUCACCACCUCCAAAAACUGCACAUUUAUCCAACUCCACAAGAGAGUGUGGCAAUAGCAAAUCCCCUCCGCCACUCCAACAAGAAGAAGAAGAAGUAACGGUCAAAGAAGUCGUCUCCGAAAAAACCCGGUCCGCAAAAACCGGAUCUUUACUAACCGCCGACGGGGAACCGGGCCUUCAAAAUGGCGCUUUCUUCAGCAAACCCGCAGUAGCCAAUCAGAGUGCGGCCUUUUCAAUUCCAACACCUGAAAACAAUGGCGACGAAUUGCGUGGAACCCGGCGGAGAUCCGAACAGUCAACGGGUCAAAAUAGACCCGAAUACGAUCGGGGAAUGGAUAGUGGUGAGAGAUCCGGAAGAAGGUCUAGGUUUCCGGUGAUGUAUUCGGAUUCCUGGUCGUGGGAAAGGGGCCCCGACGGCAGCCAGUCGUCGAGGAAAACGGAUGGACCUUUGGAACGGGUCGGAUCCGGGUUGGGCGAGAGAACCCGGAAAGUGGGUGAAGGGAAAGACAGCGGAGGAGGAAACACGUGGCCACCGACAAGUAAUGAAUUGCUGGAAAAUCCGCUUAUGUCCUUGGAGUGUUUCAUCUUUCUCUAGUGUUUCUAGAUGCUGGUUCGGUUGUAAUUAUUGCAGCCUAUCAGGGUUAUUGUUGUAAUUUCAAGACAUUUUAUAAAGAUUUGUCGUUGUUGUAAAUCUUAUAUAUAAAAGAAAGAAAUGUAAGGCAAACCCUAAGAAACCCUAACGUCAUAUUUCUAUAUUAUC